ACUUCCUUGGCAGAGCACGAUGCAUCUUAAUUCGGCUCAUCCUCAUUGACUAGUCAGAACAAUGGUGAGCGAACAUUCACAGGACAGAGAGCGCUAUGACAAGUACACAGUGAGAAGAGCCGGAAUGGAUAGCCUUGUCGGACCACUUGUUGCCCAAUAUCUUUCCAUGGGCUACCCGUCCAAAGAGAAUGGCCAGUGUGGAAAUGCGAGCAUAGGAACAAGCGGAAAGGAAAAAGAAAAUACGCGACUCUCUCUAGGAUGCCCCUCUGGGUCUAAGGUCUCCUCUCACCUGCGGCCACAGCGCUUUAACAGGCCCAGUUUGGCCCAGAUCACACAGGUCAAGGUCAUGAUGUCGCUGGGCCAAUUCACCAAGGGGGCCAGCUGGGAGGAGCUACUCCAGGCAUGUGUGCAAUCCUUCGAUGCGGAGGGGAGCCUGUGCCGGAGUGACCACCUGCUGCACAUCACCCUGACCAUGCAUCGGCUGCUCAUGUCCUCCAGCGACCUUCUGGAGAAACUCAUCACACUUUUCAAAAGUGCUGUAAAGAACGAGAACCCCACCGAGUGUCAGAAGAUCUGCUACUUCAUCAGGUACUGGAUUAGAGAGUUCUGGACGAUGUUUCGAUUGCACAACAGCCUUGCGGACACUAUAGAGCGGUUCCAGGAACUAAUGAGAGAACAAGGACAGGAAAGAUUGUGCCCCCUGUUGGAGACAAAAUGGAUAAGCGACAGGGACUGGUCACGGAAAGCCAGUCAGAGAAUCAAGGCCAACAGCAGUAAGAAGAGGAAAGUGUCCCUGCUCUUUGAUCACCUGGAACCAGAGGAGCUGGCAGAACACCUGACCUACCUGGAGUUCAAGUCAUUCUGCAGGAUAACAUUUGCAGAUUACCAGAACUACAUCCGCAGUGGCUGCAUGAAGGAGAACCCCAUGAUGGAGCGUUCCAUUGCCCUGUGUAACGGGAUCUCCCAGUGGGUGCAGCUCAUGGUUCUGAGUCGGCCCACAGCUCAGCUACGAGCUGAGGUCUUCGCCAAGUUUAUCCAUGUUGCCCAGAACCUUCAUCAAAUGCACAACUUUAACACACUAAUGGCUGUGGUGGGAGGCCUCUGUCACAGCUCCAUCUCCAGGUUAAAGGACACCAGCUCACAUGUACCCAGCGAGGUCACCAAGGUGUUGAACGAAAUGACGGAGCUGCUGUCCUCCUGCAGGAACUAUGACAACUACAGGCAGGCAUACAGCAGGUGUUCAGGUUUCAAAAUUCCCAUCCUGGGAGUUCACCUGAAGGAUCUCAUCUCCGUCAAUGAGGCCAUGUCAGACUAUGUUGACGACAACAAGGUCAACGUGCAGAAGCUGCAAGCCCUCUACAACCACAUCAAUGACCUGAUCCAGCUACAGCAGACACCCCCACGCUUGGAUGCCAACAAGGACCUAGUCCACUUACUGACACUGUCUCUGGAUCUCUACUACACAGAGGAUGAUAUCUAUGAGCUAUCCUAUGCCCGGGAGCCCAAGAACAGCAAGGCACCGCCGGCCACCCCAUCAAGACCUCCAGUGGUUGUGGACUGGGCUUCGGGUGUGGCCCCCAAACCGGACCCCAGAACCAUCAGCAAGCACGUUCAGAGGAUGGUGGAUUCUGUGUUCAAAAACUAUGACCAUGAUGAAAAUGGCUACAUCUCUCAAGAAGACUUUGAGAAAAUUGCUGCUAGCUUCCCCUUCUCCUUCUGUGUAAUGGAUAAAGAGAAAGAGGGUCUAAUCAGCAGGGAGGAAAUCACAGCUUACUUUAUGAGAGCCAGCGUCAUCUGCUCCAAGCUAGGCCUGGGUUUCGUCCACAAUUUCCAGGAAACCACCUACAUGAAGCCCACCUUCUGUGACAACUGCUCCGGAUUUUUGUGGGGCGUCAUAAAACAAGGCUACAGAUGCAAAGACUGCGGUAUGAACUGUCACAAGCUGUGCAAGGACCAGGUGGCGUUCGAGUGCAAGAAGAACGCCAAGAGCAGCAGUGCCACUGACAGCAGCCCCACGGCCAGCUCCACCCCCACCACCACAGGUCCCCCGGGGCCCAGGGGCUAUGAGCAGGGUUCAGAGGAGGGGCCAUUCACGUACCCCAGCGAAGAAUCGACUGACAGCAGUGACCGAGGCAAAGACUGGCACCCUGCGUCUCCUGCCACCGCUCAUCCGAAACGGCCCACGGAUCUCCUUCGGCCCCCGGGGGUCCACAAGUGCACCCAGACGGAGUGGCCCCUGGGCCCCGAGCCCACCCGGCCGCAGGCUUCACUCCUGACCCCGGGCCCAGCUGCCCUCACCCCUUGCCCCAGCCCAGUUCCGGUGCGAAAGCGGGCCUACGUCAGCUGGGAGAACCGGGCCUCCACGAUGCAGAAGCCAAAGGAACCAGAAGACCGGGUCAAGCCAACUUAUGAGCAACUGGAAAAGGACAAUCGGACUCUUCAGAAGAGCAACGAGACGCUGCGCCGGAAGCUGAAGGAGACAGAGCGAGAGGUGGAGAUCCUGCAGACCCUCCUGAAGAGACAUGCACUCCACCCUGUGGAGGAGGACUCAUCGUCUUAACUAGGAUUAACCCCCCUGGUGCAGAGGCCAACCCAAACCUUCAGGGGCUGGAGCUCCACCCACUAAUGGACAAAGACACACACACACCAACAGGUGCUUGAGCCCCACCAGCAGACAGUCCCACUCUCAUAAACAUGGACCUGUACAGCAGCCACUAAGAACAUAACCGCAUUGGGGGCUGGAGCUCCUCUCUGAAACACCAGAAAAACUGGAAAGGGGGUGGAUACCCAUCCACCAAUGCACAGAAACAUUCUCCUGAAGGGAGACUGAAACUCCAUCAGCAGACAUGCCUACAUGGAGUUGGGCUCCACCUACAAAGGACAAGUCUAUACAGGCAAAAGGGGGCCGGAGCUCUUCCCACAAUCGGACACAGCCAUUCAUGACAAGAAGCACUGGCGCUUCAUGCACACUAGUGGCACUAGUGGGCACUCAUAUCACACAUUGUGGUCCCUGGGAUGGAGGCAUUUGUACAGUAGUGAGUCUUAGCUUUCCUGUCACAAUAAAAUACAUUACUUGAGGUCUGAUUAGCACACUGCUGAAUUCCAGAUUCAUUGUUGCAUCCAUGCUGUCUCGUUUGCAUUUUCUUUGCAAAUCAAUAUGCAGGAAACAGGACUGCCUAAUAUAUGUAUGUAUAUUUAAUCAUAAAGUGCAUA